AUGCCUCAACGCAAGGAGCCUAUCGCCAUUAUUGGCAGUGCGUGCAACUUUCCUGGGAAUAGUACCACCCCCUCGAAGCUAUGGGAGCUAUUGAAAGAGCCCACCGACAUUUCGAAAUCUAUCCCCGAGAAUCGAUUCAACGCAGACGUCUGGCACCACAAAGACAAUGCGCAUCACGGCACCAGCAAUGUCACCAAAUCCUAUUUCCUCGAGGCGGAUCCCGCAACCUUUGAUGCAACUUUCUUUAAUAUCCCACCAAAUGAGUGUGAGGCUAUCGAUCCACAGCAGCGUAUGUUGCUUGAGACCGUCUACGAAUCCCUGUGUGCCGCUGGCGUCACCAUGGAGAGCCUUCGCGGGUCGCCUACUGCUUGCUAUGUUGGGCUCAUGUGUGACGACUGGGCCGGCAUGCUGGCAAAGGACUGGGACUGCCUCCCGCAGUAUGCCGCUACUGGAAUCUCUCGUGCCAUUAUGGCUAACCGUAUCUCCUACUUCUUCGAUUGGCAUGGGCCAUCCAUGACGAUUGAUACGGCCUGCUCCUCUUCAUUGGUGGCUGUACAUGAAGCUGUACAGGUUCUCAGAAGCGGAGACUGUAAUGUUGCUGUUGCCUGUGGGGCUAAUUUGAUUCUGACCCCUGGCAUGUACAUUGCGGAAAGUAAGCUGAAAAUGCUUUCUCCUGACGGAAAGUCACGAAUGUGGGACGAAGGUGCCAACGGCUACGCAAGAGGUGAAGGACUUGCCGCAGUAGUUCUGAAAACGCUGAGCCAGGCCAUCAAAGACGGCGACAAUAUCGAAUGUGUGAUCAGGGAGACCGCGUUUAAUCAGGAUGGCCGCACGACUGGUAUCACUAUGCCAAGUAACCUUGCCCAAACGGCCUUAAUCCGCGAUACUUACAAGAAGGCGGGCCUCGACCCCUUGAAUCCUAACGACCAGCCCCAGUUCUUCCAUGCCCACGGAACAGGGACGCCAGCUGGAGACCCCCAAGAGGCUGAAGCAAUCAGUCGAGCUUUCUUCAAGGAAGGGCAAGUGGCCGAAAAGAAGCUCUGGGUUGGCUCUAUCAAGACCAUCAUCGGUCACACCGAAGGCACCGCCGGCCUCGCCAGUCUUAUUGGCACUUCUAUAGCUUUGCAAAACAAGACGAUACCGCCGAACUUGCACCUCAACAAGGUAGCUGAGAAGGUCGCGCCUUUCUACACGAAUUUGCAAAUCCCAACUACUAGUCAAGAAUGGCCUUCUACCCCUGUUGGCCAACCAAUGCGUGCCUCCGUCAAUAGCUUUGGCUUUGGUGGUGCCAACGCACACGCAAUUCUCGAAAGCUAUGACCCCGUUGAAGGAUAUGUUGCUCGCAAGGAAACACCCUUAUUCACCCCCCUAACUUUCUCCGCCCACUCGGAGCGAAGCCUUCGGGGGAUGCUAGACACGUACUCUCAAUAUUUGAGUGCAAGCAAUGCGCCUAACAUAAACGAUGUUGCUUGGACAUUGCAGAACCGCCGUUCGACUCUAGCAUACAAAGUCGCCAUCUCGGGUCGAACCACAACUGACCUUGUCGCUGGAAUUGACGCCGUUCGCAGCCAGAAAGACAACCUUGGCGUUCGUUCUUCAGGACUAGAGAAGUUAGCGGUCUUGGGUGUCUUUACCGGCCAAGGUGCCCAGUGGCCAACGAUGGGUAGCGAACUGAUUAAAGCUUCUUCCCACGUGCGGAGUAUAGUCGCACAGAUGGACAAGUCGCUUCAGGAGCUACCAGAAUCUGACAGACCAAGCUGGUCGAUCCAAGGGGAGCUUGAGGCUGAUAAGAAGUCAUCUCGCCUUGCUGAAGCUGCCCUUUCCCAGCCUCUCUGUACUGCCAUUCAAAUCGUUCUAAUAGACCUACUCAAGGCUGCUGGAACUAACCUGGAGUUCAAGGCAGUUAUCGGUCACUCAUCUGGAGAGAUUGCUGCCGCCUACGCUGCUGGAUUCAUAUCUUCCUGGGACGCGAUACGCGUGGCAUACUACCGAGGCCUGUAUGCCAAGUUCGCUGGGUCUGCUUCUGGAAAGAAGGGCGCAAUGAUGGCAGUGGGUACCACUUUAGAAGAUGCAGAGGAAUUUUGCCAACUUGAGGCGUUCGAGGGUCGUAUCACUGUUGCCGCAAGCAAUGCUGCUACUAGCGUCACUCUCUCUGGCGAUGAGGAUGCAAUCGACGCAGCUCAAGUGGUGUUCAAGGACGAAUCCAAAUUUGUUCGAAAACUCAGGGUACACACCGCGUACCACUCCUUCCACAUGAACGCGUGCUCCGAAAUGUAUUUGAAAGCAAUGGAUACCUGUGGUAUCGAGUUCAGAGAAGGGUCUUCAUCAACCUCCUGGUACUCUUCUGUUGUACCUGAUACGAAAAUGACCAAAGGCACACUUAGCGGCCAGUAUUGGGCAGACAACAUGAAUAACACCGUCUUAUUCUCUCAAGCCGGGAUUACAGCUGUGAAAGAGGCAGGUCCUUUUGAUUUGGUCAUCGAAAUUGGGCCUCAUCCGGCUUUGAAGGGGCCAUGUCUAGAAAACCUUGAACAGGCCUCCGGUGUCGGAGGAACACCCUAUACUGGCCUUCUAGAGCGUGGUGUAGAUGAUGUCAAAGCAUUCUCCGCUGCUCUUGGUUAUAUAUGGGAAUGCUUUGGGCCUUCAGCCGUCGACUUCGGAGGCUAUGAUAAGCUCAUGUCUGCGAAUACCCAGCGGAAGAAUCUGUCUGCGGAGCUCCCUGAAUACUCUUGGGACCAUGCAAGGAGUUACUGGCUUGAUUCUCGCGUGGCCACUUCCUACACCACCCGCGAGGCUCCCCAUCCUAUGUUGGGUGUAAAUAUUGUUGAAGGGACCACCGGGACACAAGUCCAAUGGAGAAAUAUCCUAUUUCCCAAGGAAAUUACUUGGAUUCCUGGCCACAGACUCCAGGGCCAGAAUGUUUUCCCAGCAUCUGGCUAUGUUUGCAUGGCUAUUGAGGCCAUAAUGACACUUUCUACCAACCAGGAAGUACAACUCAUCGAAUUAGAAGAGGUUGAGAUUGCUCGCGCCAUAUCCUUCCUUGACGACACCACGGGCAUUGAAGUCAUCUUUACCCUUAAUGUUCUAUUUUCCGAGUCCGACUUUAUCAGCGCAAAUUUCCAAAUAUCGUCAUGUCCUAAGGGUGAUACUGUACUCGCCUUGAACGGCAGGGGGAAAAUAUCCAUCCGCUUUGGCGAGCCAACUGUGGAUGCCCUUUCUACUUCCCCGAUUCCGCAAUUUAACAUGACAAGUGUCGGCAUUGAUCGAUUCUAUAAAUAUCUAUCAGAUAUGGGCUACAACUAUUCGCCACCCUUCAAGGCAAUUAGCUCCAUCCUUCGCAGAAAGGACGCUGCCGUCGGAGAAAUUAUCGACGCCCGUGGGGGAGCUUGGGAGGAUGAUUUCCUUAUGCAUCCCGGAUUCGUUGAUACCAGCUUCCAGGCUGUUUUCGCUGCCUUCAGUUCCCCUGGUGAUGAUAGGCUCUGGUCCAUUCAUGUGCCCACUAAGAUCCACCGCUUGUCUAUCAAUCCAAAAUUGGCGGUAUUUCCGCCUGGGGAAGAAAUUGUGUGGCCUUGGCAAGCUGCUGUUACUAGUGGAACACACGAUACCCCAGUAGCCGACAUUGAAGUCUUUGCUCCAAAUCGAAAUGGGGUCCUCAUGGAAAUCGAGGGCAUUGUUCUUGUUCCAUUAGCCAAGGCAUCCGAGGAAAACGACGUUAAACUAUUCUCCAAUCUCAUUUAUGACCUGGCUCAACCGGAUGGAGCUGUUGCCGCUCCAAAUCGCUUACCUGAAGCUGAUGCUCAGUUAGCGAAGGACUCAGAGCGAUUCUCCUUUUACUGGAUCAACAAGCUCCUCAGCACUAUCACUCCUAAAGAAGAGGAGGAAACGCUUCCCCACUAUAAACACAUGCUCAGAUGGUGUAGAUUUGUCCAUGAGCAGGUUAUCAACGGAGAGCAUCCUUACGUUGGGCCUGAGGCUGUCAAUGAUACUCUGGAAUUCGUGGAGUCACUUAUUGGUGAUGGUGGGAAACGUGCUGAUAUUGGUAUUCUCAGGGCUGUUGGCCAAAAUAUUGCUCAUGUUAUUCGCACGCGUGGGAAUAUUCAUGAGUAUGCCGUGAAGGACAACAUCCUCGAUCGCUUCUAUGAAGAAGCUAUCGGUCUAGACAUCACCAAUCAAUGGGAGGCGAAUUUUGCUGCCCAAGUUGCAUACAGAUACCCACGAAUGAAUAUCAUUGAAAUUGGUGCUGGUACUGGUGGCUCCACGCGAAUGAUUCUACCCACCCUUGGCAAAGCCUUUUCCACCUAUACCUUCACUGAUAUCUCUGCUGGUUUCUUUGAAGCUGCCGAAAAAAGGUUUAGCGAGUAUUCAGACCGCAUGAUCUUCAAGACCCUCGACAUGGAAAAAGAUCUAAGUGAACAAGGAUUUACUGAAGGCCACUAUGAUAUGGUUCUUGCAUCCAACGUGCUCCACGUAGGACCUGAUAUGGAUUUAACCAUGUCAAAUGUUCGCAAGCUCGUCAAGCCUGGAGGUUGGUUGAUUAACAUGGAAGUUGCCACUUAUUUCCCUAGCUUGCGGGAGGGAUUUUCGAUGUCAGGUUUCCCUGGCUGGUGGUGUGGUGCCGAAACAGGUCGCCCAUGGGGUCCGACAAUUUCUGUAGAGGAGUGGGAUAAGGUCUAUAGACGCACUGGAUGGUCCGGUGUCGACACCUUCACCCCCAAUAUCGAUUCGAUAGACCAUUUGGUUGUUAUGGCGACUCAAGCCGUUGACCCUCAAAUUCACCAACUCCGAUCUCCUCUUGCACCCGAGCAUGCCCACCCACAGCGGGAGAAUCUCGUAAUUAUUGGAGGCAAGACUGAAGAGAUUGCAAAGCUCGUUACGGAAUGUACCAGCGUUCUACGUCCACACUUCAGCUCGAUUACCAAUGUUACCUCAAUUGAUGAAUUUGCCAAUAGUGACACGGAAGCCGUGGCCACUGUCCUCAAUUUGGCUGAGCUUGACGUUCCGAUCAUGAAAGAGCUUAUGGACAACCAGCCAGAGAAACUCCAGGGCGUCAAGGAGGUAUUUUCAAGGCCCAGAGACAUUCUAUGGGUGACCAAGGGUAACAGAUCUGAGAGUCCAUACUCCCGUAUGCUAGUUGGUAUGGCACGAACGCUUCGCAGGGAGUAUUCUGGUAUCAACUUUCAAGCUCUUGAUAUCGAUAUCCUUGACUCAAACUCUGCCGAACUUCUAGCGGAAACAUUGCUACGACAUCUCAAUCUCAACGCGGCAAACAACCGACUUGUGCCAGGCUCUAUUCUAUGGAGUGAUGAAUCAGAAUAUCAUCUCGAGGAUAACAAGAUCUAUACACCAAGGCUAAUGUCUGCUGAUAAAAUGAAUGAUCGGUAUAAUUCAUACAAACGUCGCAUCACCCAUGAGGCUCCUAGCAACGGAUCCAAUAUUGAGUUGACCCGCAACAAGGACACUUAUGAUCUCCGUGAGCCAUCCCCACUUAAACCGACGACUGGAGCUGAGGGAGACAGCGAAGUUACCGUGUCAAAGUCGUUGCUUCAAUCUGUGGAAGUACCUCUGGCAGGUCACUUCUUCUUGUGCUAUGGCAUAAAUGAUUGUGGUGAAAACGUUAUUGCUCUCUCCAAUCGAAGCGAGUCAGUGAUUCACGUACCGAAGUCCUGGACUAUACCGUAUAGUGGGAAUGUCAAUCCAGCACAAAUGAUUCUUUCUAUUGCGGCGAAUCUCGUCGCCUAUAUAAUUAUCACGGAAGCCUCUCCCAACAGCACUAUCCUCGCGCACGACCCUGAUCAGAUUGUUGCUUCUGCCCUUAGCAAACAAGCUGCGCAAAAGCGGAUUCGGGUAUUCUUCACAACCACACAAUUUUCGAAGAAAGGACCACAAUGGACAUAUAUUCAUUCUAAGACUCCUCGCCGCUUGCUAAAGAAGCAACUACCAAAAGGAGUAUCCACGUUCAUCAACUUCUCCAAUGUCUUAGACGAGAAUACCAUGGCUAACUUUAUAGAGAGCCUACCCCUGUGCUGUAAAAAAUCCGAUCGCUCAACGUUCUUUGGAAAUGACGUUGCAAUGAGCCCAGGCAUCAGCGCCGAACUGAUCUCCAACUUUCUAACUACAGGCUUUGACAUUGCAAAAGCAGCUAACUUCACUCUACCUUAUGAUAGGCCGACAUUGCCGUUGAGUGAUGUCUCAGGUUAUGCCGAUAAAACCAAACACCUUACGGUUAUCGACUGGGUGGCAGAUACCAAAGUUUCACUCACUGUUGAGCCGAUUGAUCCAUACGCUAACCUGUUCAGCGCCGAAAAGACAUACCUCAUGGUUGGCUUAUCCGGUGAGCUAGGCCAAUCCAUCACCGAAUGGAUGGUGAGCCGUGGCGCGAGAUACGUUGUCCUCACUAGUAGGAAGCCGAAGGUUAAUAGCGAGUGGAUUGAGAGCAUGGAAGACGAGUAUGGGGCAACCAUCAAACCAAUGCCACUGGACAUUACGGAUGCGGACGCGCUCCACGCCUGCUAUAACAAAAUCUGUCGGACUAUGCCACCAGUUGGUGGUGUUGCCCAUGGAGCAAUGGUUCUCGUUGAUAGCCUCUUCCAAAACAUGAGCUACGACGAUCUAAUGGUUGCUCUAAGACCGAAGGUCCUUGGUGCAAUUAACUUGGAUAAUCUCUUUUCGGAGAAUACACUUGACUUUUUCAUCCUGUUUUCUUCCAUCACGGCUCUUAUCGGAAACGCGGGUCAAAGCAACUAUAUCGGUGCCAACAGUUUUAUGGAAUCCCUUGGCUUGCAGCGUCGCCGAAAAGGCCUUGCUGCUUCCGUCAUAGCUAUUUCAUCCCUCAUUGGUCUUGGUUACUUCGAGCGCGCUGAAGAUUUGGACAUCGACCAGUUCUCACGAUCCGGCUACAGGAAUGUUUCUGAACAAGAUAUCCAUACUCUGUUUGCAGAGGCAAUUGUAAGAGGCCGACCAGGAUCCAUUGAGAGUCAUGAAGUUGUUUCGGGCGUUGUCCCUACCUAUGCGGAUGGAGAUAUCAGGGCAUCAUACCUGAAAGAUACGAAAUUCUCGCACCUUAUUCUAGAACGUACAUCGGCAAAGCAAGAUGGUUCUUCGUCCGCUCAAGUUCCUGUUAGAAUCCAACUUCUGACUGCAACUACGGAGGAGGAAAUUUGUGAGAUCAUGCAAUCCGGUUUUACGCGACGGAUUAAAAAGAUGUUACGCAUCCCAGAGGAGGACGACUUUAACAACACUGCCUCUCUAGUUGAGCAAGGUGUAGAUUCCCUCGUUGCCGUUGAAAUCCGGACAUGGUUUAUUAGGGAAGUCGAUGUUGAUAUGCCUGUGCUCAAGGUACUAGGCGGCUCUUCCGUGUCUGACCUUAUAAAUGAUGCCAUGCAAAGAAUAUCUCCUGAUCUGGUCCCCGAGCUUGGCUCUGAAGGAGCUAAACCUGAAACCGGCGGUCAAAUCCCUACUCCGCCAAAAGAGGCUCAUAAGCCUGUUAUCAAGCCAGCAUCGGUGGUAGUUGACUCUGCUCAGUCCACGCAGGCCACCAACCCCCAGGGCAAGGUGCCAGUUGCCAGUUUGACGCCCCCAGUUGCCGCAACCACGGAUGCCACAGUUAAAUCGUUGGGUGAUGAUUCAAAGCGAGCCCACGAAAUUAACCAGGGUACACAGAAUUUCGAUCGCUUGGUGAGAUCCGAAUUCGUCGAAAGGAUGUCCUUUGGACAGUCACGUUUCUGGUUCCUUAACCAGGCACUGAGUGAUAAGACAACGUUCAACAUGGCAAUCUUGGUCAGACUUAAUGGCCGUAUUCGUGUCAAAGACCUAGAAAGAGCCUUGGAUGCUGUUGUUUUGAGGCACGAGGCUCUACGAACACGAUACUUUUCUACUGGCGAAUACAUGGAGAGCCCAAUGCAGGGAGUGAUUCCAACCUCUGCAGUCAAGCUAGUGGUUAAACACUGCAAAGACGAAUCGGGUGCCUACAGAGAGCUUGAUGAGAUUAGAUCUCACGUGUGGGAUCUAGAAAACUGGGAAACUAUGAAAGUAUCGUUACUCUCGUCCUCAGAAACGAUGCACUAUCUAGUCAUUGGCUGUCACCACAUUGGUAUGGAUGGAUUCAGCUUCAACGUUUUCUAUAGCGACCUCGAGAAGGCGUAUAAAGGCCGAAAACUCCCUGAUAUUCCUAAAUCUUCUCAAUACAGCGCAUUCGCAAGAACGCAGCGCGAAGAUUGGGAGAACGGCAAUAUGGAUGCGGAUCUCGCAUAUUAUCGUGAAAUUAUCCCGGAUGGCCUCAGCCCCCUUCCAUUAUUCCCGUUUUCAAAGAUCAGCACUCGUCUACCGCUAGACUCGUAUGGCACAUAUAGCGCUGACAUCCGCAUUGAGCCUGCUCUGACAGCAAAAAUUAAAGCGGCCUCCCGGUCCCUCAAAUCAACCACAUUCCACUUCUUCCUUGCGGUUCUGCAGGCCCUUGUUUUCCGCCAACUUGAUGAUUGUGAGGAAUUCUUCGUUGGUGUUGCAGACGCAAACAGGACCGACGACAAAUUUAUCAACACCUUAGGAUUCUUCCUUAAUCUCCUGCCUGUUCGUUUCGAGCGUCAUGCUGCAGAAAAAUUCGGGGAUGCAGUACAACAAGUUCGUAACAAGGUGUACACUGGGCUUGCUCAUUCCAGGUUGCCAUUUGAUGUCCUGCUAGAUGAGCUAAAGAUCCCCCGCUCAGCCACUUCCACUCCCAUUUUCCAAGUUUUUGUUGACUACAGACAAGGCGUCCAAGAAAGACAAAAAUACAUGGGCCUUGAUGCUGUAGGCGAAAAAUGGCAUCUUGCGAGAACAGGCUAUGACAUGACUCUCGACAUCGUUGAGAAUCCAACUGGGGAUACCCGACUUGAGCUUCGCCUUCAACAGCGACUAUACACAGCAGAACAUACGAGGCUGUUGUUGGAAGGUUACGUGAACCUCCUAACAGCCUUUGCCAAUAACCCAACCAUAGACUGGAAUGCACCUGAUCUAUGGGGUGGGGAAACAAUCAGCAAGGCAAUCGAAGUCGGCCGUGGCCCUUCACUUCAGUACGAAUGGGCUCCUACCGUGAUGCAUCAUAUCGACAAUAUAGUAGAUCAGUACGGCACCAACAUGUGCCUCAAAGAUGGUACGGGAAGGACAAUGACUUACUCACAAAUGGCGAACCGGGUCAACUCCAUUUGCUUUGCCUUAGUCGCAGCAGAUGUUGCGAGAGGAGAUAAAGUUGCUGUUUUCCAACAGCCCACCGCUGACUGGGUUUGCUCACUACUGGCGAUUUUCCGUGCUGGAGCGAUUUAUGUUCCCCUCGAUCUCCGCACCCCCUUCCCUCGCCUCGCCGCUAUUGUCGAUCAAGUCAAACCUCACGCCAUCCUUGCCCAUAGCCAAACCCGAAGUGACGUUGAAUAUCUCAAGGCUCCAAAUUCCGUUGUCGUUGAUAUCUCCGGGUUGCCAACCACUAGCCAAGCCAUGCCAAAUCUUGCAAAACCCGAUGAAGUCGCAGUCAUCUUAUUUACUAGUGGCUCCACAGGAGUCCCCAAGGGUAUUCACAUCAACCACCGCAACAUUAUUAGGCAGCUUGAAGGCUGUUCGAAACAAUUUGCAUUAAAGGACUCUGCUUCUUAUGUUUUGCACCAAACUGCAUACUCCUUUGACAAAUCACUUGAACAAAUAUUCACUGCACUUGUUCAUGGUGGAGCACUCUAUGUGGUCCCAGCAGAGCAGCGUGGCGAUCCCAUUUCUAUUGCCAACAUUAUGGCUUCUGAAGGGAUAACACACACUGCAACAACCCCAUCCGAAUAUCUCAUGUGGUUCCGGUAUGCUCGAGACAAUCUUAUGCAGUGUAAGUCUUGGAAGUGCGCCUUCCUUGGAGGAGAAGUUGCUUCGGAUGCCGUGCUUGAAGAGUUCCGCAAACUGGGCAUGCCUAUCAGAGUGUUUGACAGCUACGGGCCUGCUGAAAUCACGAUGUCAUGUGCUAAAGUUGAGCUGCCAUACCGCUCUAUGAUAACAGGGCACCCAGCUCCAGUGGGCUUUAUGCUACCUAAUUACUCUGUUGCUAUUGUGGACCCGAAGAUGAACCCUCUUCCUCUUGGUUUCGCUGGCGAGAUUGUUGUCGGAGGGGUAGGUGUUGCUGGUGGGUACCUGAACAAUGAUAAGCUCACACAAGAGAAAUUCCUUCCCAACAGCUUCGGCGGAGACGGGAUUGUAUACCGUACUGGCGAUAAGGGGCGCCUUACUGAAGAUGGUGCUCUCUUUUUCGAAGGCAGAAUGGAUGGUGAUACCCAGAUCAAGCUACGUGGUGUGCGUAUAGAACUGGAAGAUGUCGAAAGCAGCAUACUUCAAGCGUCUACUGGUGCCCUUACACACACGGUCGUUACUCUACGCGGAGAGCAAGACUCUGCUUUCCUCGUUGCCCAUGUUGUGUUCUCUGCAACUUACACCGAGGAUCGUGAUGACCUCCUUGCACGUCUUCCGAUGCUUCUAGCACUGCCUCAGUACAUGAUCCCUACCAUUUUCAUUGCGAUGGAUGAUCUCCCUUUUACCACGCAUUUCAAAAUUGACAGAAAGGCUGUGUUAGCUCUUCCAAUCCCAGAGGCGGAAAAUGCGUCUGCAAUGGAGUUUGCCGAUCAUACGGAAACCGAAGCUCAUCUUGCAACUCUCUGGAACCAGAUAAUUCCCGCUACACGCGUUUUAGUGCCUAAUUCCGACUUCUUCCAUGCUGGGGGCAAUUCCCUCAUGCUUGUCAAAUUGCAAGCAAUGAUACGACAAAACUUCCGCGUAAGCAUUCAGCUCUUCGACAUAAUGAAUGCCGGUACACUGCGGAGCAUGGCCCGUUUAAUCGACGAUGCCCUUGGAGUCAAACAGUUGGAUUGGGAUGCCGAAACUGCUCUCCCAACACUACCCGCGUACAACAAAAGUGUGAUCUCCGAAGUCUCACCUCCAAAACAGAAGGAUAUGGUAGUUAUGAUGACCGGUGCCACUGGAGUCCUCGGUAGGAAUAUGCUUGCCCGUUUGGCCUCAGAUAAUCGCAUCUCGAAAGUAUACGUUGUCGCUGUCCGCCCACAAAAUGGAGUUUCGGCCAUCACGCGUAUCCCUAACCACGGAGAAAAGAUUACUAUCAAACUUGGUGAUCUCGAUAAGGAACGUCUAGGUCUAUCCGAAAAGGAGGCGACUGUCCUAGCCGGCGAAGUUGACACAAUCCUUCACUUUGGCGCCAACCGUUCAUUCUGGGACUCGUACCACCACCUCCGCUCUACCAAUGUCUCUAGCGUCAAAGAAAUCGUCAAGAUCGCAUAUCCUCGCAAGGUUCCUAUCCAUUUCAUUUCAUCGGGAGGAGUCUCCGCUUAUUCGCUCAACACUCCCCCUGCCAGUGGUAGCGACGGAUACGUCGCGUCUAAGUGGGCUGCAGAGAAGGUACUUGUCAACGCAGCGAAUGAGUUAGGGUUGAAGACUGUUGUACAUCGCCCCACCAAGGCUCACGGCAACAUCUCUACUGCUCCAAAUGAGAUUCUAGACGAGCUUCUGUCACUCGCCAAGCAGUCCCAGAAGAAACCAGACCUCGAUGGUCUCAGCGGAAGUCUAGGCAUUGUUCCUCUUGAACGCAUUACUGGAGACAUCAUGGGGUCUAUCUUCGACUCACAGAUAAUGAAUUCCAGCCAGCCGCAAAUCGUCACUCACUCCAGUGCUCUCAAUGUUAAUAUCAAGGACUUUGCAGACAAAGUAUUGCAAGAUAAGGAUGUUGCCGCACUAGAAGGAAUGCCGGCUCUUAAGUGGAUGGGCGUGGCCAAGAAGAUGGGCUGGAGCCAGUUCAUGGUUGGCCAUGAAAUUUUCAUGAACAACUCCGAAGACGAAAUUAUAUCCACCCGAUAG